AUGGCACCCAUCUUCUCUGCUCUUCUCUGCCUCGGGCUGAGUCUUAACCAGAGGACCUGUGUGCAGGCAGGAUCCGUUCCCAAACCCACCCUCUGGGCUGAGCCAGGCCCUGUGAUCCCCUGGGGGAGCCCCAUGACCCUCUGGUGUCAGGGGACCCCAGGGGCUGAGGAGUACCAUCUGGAUAAAGUGGGAAGCCCAGUUCCUUUCGACAGACAGAUUCCACUGGACUCCGGAGACAAGGCCAAGUUCUCCAUCACAUAUAUGACAGAUAAUAACGUAGGGAUAUAUCGCUGUUACUAUCUCAGCCUCACUGUCUGGUCGGAGCGCAGUGAACCUCUGGAGCUGGUGGUGACCACAGGAUCCUUCAGCAAACCCAGCCUCUCAGCCCUGCCCAGCCCUGUUGUGCCCUCAGGAAGGAACGUGACCCUCCAGUGUCGCUCAGAGCAAGGGUUUGACAGGUUCCUUUUGACUAAGGAAGGAGAUCACAGACUCUCCUGGGCCCUGAGCUCACAGCGACAGCCCAGUAAGCAGUCCCAGGCCCUGUUCUCGGUGGGCCCCGUGACCCCCAUCCACAGGCAGAUGUUCAGAUGCUAUGGCUGCUACAGGAACAGACCUCACGUGUGCUCAUAUCCCAGUGACACCCUGGAGCUCCUGGUCCCAGGUGAGGCUGGGAAGCCCUCCCUCCUGAGCCAGCAGGGCCCCAUCAUGGCCUUUGGACAGAGCCUGGCCCUCCAGUGUCGCUCUGAUGUCGGCUAUGACAGAUUCGCUCUGCACAAGGAGGGGGGACAGGACCUCCUGCAGAGCCUUGUCCUGCAGCCCCAGUCUGGGCUCUCUCAGGCCCACUUUCUCCUGGGCAAUGUGAGCAGCUCCCUCGGGGGCCAGUACAGAUGCUACGGGGGAUACAACUUCUCUGAGUGGUCGGCCCCCAGCGACCCCCUGAACAUCCUGGUGGCAGGAUGGCUGUCUGACAGACCCUCGCUCUCGGUGCAGCCAGGCCCCAGGGUGGCCUCAGGAGAGAACGUGACCCUGCGGUGUCAGACACAGAGCCAGAGAGACACGUUCCUUCUGUCCAAGAAGGGGGCAGCCGUUCCCCCCCUGCGUCUGAGAUCAGAGCACCGCGCUCAGCAGUACCAGGCAGAGUUCUCCUUGAGUCCUGUGACCUCAGCCAAUGGGGGCAUCUACAGGUGCUACAGCUCAGACAGCACCUCCCCCUAUCUGCUGUCAUACCCCAGUGAGCCCCUGGGGCUCCUGGUCUCAGGAGCAGCUGACACCAUCAGCCCCUCACAGAACAACUCAGAUCCCACGAGUGCCUCCCAGGGUCAAGACUAUACCUUGGAGAAUUCCAUCCGGUUGGGAGUGUCUGGAUUGGUCCUGGUGGCACUUGGGAUGCUGCUAUUUUGGUCUCGAAACAGUGAGAAACAGGCCCAGGAUGCAGCCAGGAUGUGA